CCUUCUCUUUUCACAUCGAGGCUCCUUACUCGCUCGUUGCCUGUCUGUCGCAUUUCCUCAAUUGCCAGCCGAGGGUCUCUCAGGGUCGAAGGUUCUGCCCUGCUAGCCACGACCUCCACCUCUGAAGACGUGAAUUCUCUGCGUUAUCUAUGGGACCGCGUUUUUGAAAACAGAUAGGGUUAACGCGGAGCAGUUGUCGGCCGAAGGAAAGGAACUCGCCACCCGUUUGGCAAGAAAAUCGUUGGGAAAAAAUAACGAGGCAGGCACAAAGCGAUUGUCCAGAGGGCCGGUGGGUCUGAGUUGGUGAGCUGAGCGGGGCCAUUCUGAAUGAUGCCUGCUUCCUAGAAUGGUCCUGGAUCCUGGUAAACUAACUGCCCAUGUCCCUAGCAGUGGAGCCAUGGCUCACAGAAACCCCCCCUCUCAGGGCAAGGUGACCAUCACUGUGGACGAGUACAGCUCCAACCCCACACAGGCCUUUACCCACUACAACAUCAACGAGAGCCGCUUCCAACCACCCCAUGUCCACAUGGUGGAGCCCAUUCCCUAUGACACCCCUAAACCCUCCGGUCAUACACGUUUCGUAUGCGUGUCGGACACACACUCCAGGACCGAUGGGAUCCAGAUGCCAUACGGGGACGUCCUGCUCCAUACUGGAGACUUCACUGAACUGGGCCUACCCUCUGAGGUCAAGAAAUUCAACGAUUGGCUAGGGAGUCUACCGUAUGAAUUCAAGGUGGUGAUCGCAGGGAACCAUGAACUGACGUUUGACAAGGACUUCAUGGCUGAGCUGGUCAAGCAGGAUUACUAUCGCUUUCCCUCCGUCUCCAAGCUGAGACCUGAGGACUUUGACGAUGUUCAGGCCCUCCUCUCAAACUGUACUUACCUGCAGGACUCUGAGGUUACAGUCAAGGGUUUCCGAAUAUUCGGGGCACCGUGGACGCCGUGGUUUAAUGGCUGGGGUUUUAACCUUCCCCGCGGUCAGUCACUACUGGACAAGUGGAAUCAGGUUCCAGAGGGUAUAGACGUUCUCAUGACCCACGGACCUCCCCUCGGUUUCCGUGACUGGGUCCCCAAGGAGCUCCAAAGAGUGGGCUGUGUGGAGCUGCUGAACACGGUACAGCAGAGGGUCCGACCCAAGCUUCACGCCUUCGGUGGCAUCCACGAGGGGUACGGCAUUAUGACGGAUGGAUGCACAACUUUUAUCAACUCCUCCACCUGUACAGCCAGUUUCCAGCCCACCAACCCCCCCAUCAUAUUCGACCUGCCCAACCCAUAGAGCAUCGGAAAUAAACCAGCAUUUUUUUAAUCAAAUGAGUUGUACUAAAUGUUCAUCUUCAAGAUAUUUGGCUUUUGUAAAAAUGCUUGUAAAAAUGCAUGAAAAUCUGAUUCUGGUAAUGAAAUUAUGAACUUUGUAAAAUAUGAAAUAUUUUCCAAUUGUUUGCAUUUGCUGCAAUAACUGGUUUUCUGUGCCAUUUGUCAUUCUUUGUUUUCUCUCUGAAGACGUACAGUUGAAGUUGGAAGUUUACAUACACUUAGGUUGGAUUCAUUAAAACUUGUUUUUCAACCACUCCACAAACUAUAGUUUUGGCAAGUCGGUUAGGACAUCAACUUUGUGCAUGACAAGUCAUUUUUCCAACAAUUGUUUACAGACAGAUUAUUUCACUUAUAAUUCACUGUAUCACAAUUCCAGUGGGUCAGAAGUUUACAUACACUAAAUUGACUGUGCCUUUAAACAGCUUGGAAAAUUCCAGAAAAUGAUGUCAUGGCUUUAAAAGCUUCUGAUAGUCUAAUUGACAUAAUUUGAGUCAAUUGGAGGUGUACCUGUGGAUAUAUUUCAAGGCCUACCUUCAAACUCAGUGCCUCCUUGCUUGAGAUCAUGGGAAAAUCAAAAGAAAUCAGCCAAGACCUCAGGAAAAAUAAUUGUAGACCUCCACAAGUCUGGUUCAUCCUUGGGAGCAAACACCUGAAGGUACCACAUUCAUCUGUACAAACAAUAGUACGCAAGUAUAAACACCAUGGGACCACGCAGCCAUCAUACCGCUCAGGAAGGAGACGCAUUCUGUCUCUUAGAGAUUAAUGUACUUUGGUGCGAAAAGAACAACAACAGCAAAUGACCCUGUGAAGAUGCUGGAGGAAACGGGUACAAAAGUAUCUAUAUCCACAGUAAAAUGAGUCCUAUAUCAACAUGACCUGAAAGGCCGCUCAGCAAGGAAGAAGCCACUGCUCCAAAACCGCCAUAAAAAAGCCAGACUACGGUUUGCAACUGCACAUGGGGCCAAAGAUCGUACUUUUUGUAGAAAUGUCCUCUGGUCUGAUGAAACAAAAAUAGAACUGUUUGGCCAUAAUGACCAUCGUUAUGUUUGGAGGAAAUAGGGUCAUGCUUGCAAGCCGAAGAACACCAUCGCAACCGUGAAGCAUGGAGGUGGCAACAUCAUGUUGUGAGGGUGCUUUGCUGCAGGAUGGACUGGUGCACUUCACAAAAUAGAUGGUAUCAUGAGGAAGGAAAAUUAUGUGGAUAUAUUUGAAGCAACAUCUCAAGUCAUCAGUCAGGAAGUUAAAGCUUGGUUGCAAAUGGGUCUUCCAAAUGACAAUGACCCCAAGCAUACUUCCACAGUUGUGGCAAAAUGGCUUAAGGACAACAAAGUCAAGGUAUUGGAGUGGCCAUCACAAAGCCCUGACCUCAAUCCUAUAGAAAAUUUGUGGGCAGAACUGAAAAAGUGUGUGAGAGCAAGGAGGCCCACAAACCUGACUCAGUUACACCAGCUCUGUCAGGAGGAAUGGGCCAAAAUUCACCCAACUUAUUGUGGGAAGCUUGUGGAAGGCAACCCGAAAUGUUUGACCCAAGUUAAACAAUUUAAAGGCAAUGCUACCAAAUACUAAUUGAGUGUAUGUAAACUUCUGACCCACUGGGAAUGUGAUGAAAGAAAUAAAAGCUGAAAUAAAUCAUUCUCUAAUAUUAUUCUGACAUUUCACAUUCUUAAAAUAAACUGGUGAUCCUAGCUGACCUAAGACAGGGAAUUUUUACUAGGAUUAAAUGUCAGGAAUUGUGAAAAACUGAUUUUAAAUGUAUUUGGAGAAGGUGUAUGUAACCUUUCGACUUCAACCGUAUACGCUUUUUGUCUGACAGGCAAGUACACUGCCUGACAGUAAUCGUACCCUCUACAUCAGCAAUACUUGACCUCAUGACAAUAAUAGAACAUGCAUUUGGCAUUGUAACAAAAGUUAUUUGGUCUCUGUUAAAGCCCUGUGUAUUGUUGAAAAUGAAACAUUUUGAAUAUAUGAAAUGUUUCCAGUUAUUAUAUACGGUAGUCCCUUGGGCUCUCACAUUUAUUUUGGAAAAGUAUGUACCGGUACAUCAUCUACCUUGAUCUGGGUUACAUUCAACAGGACGCAACAUAUUAUGUAUAUUCUCAAAUGUCCCCAUCUUCCAUGGAGUACAUGUGAAUUGGUGUUUGUGUGAAUUUAUAUAGGCCCACUAAAGCCUUUCAAAAAUGUAUGUUACAUGCUAUUCAAAGCACACAUGCAUUUUCAUCUCACUUUUAUAUUUUUAUCGAUAUUCACCAAACCGCUGUUUAAAUUAUAUUUCACAGCUGCCGACGCUAAAGUGAGUUGUCCCCUAAAAUACGGUAAUAAGAAUUUUGCUAAUUAUUUUUGUUUUGUUGCACAGUGUGAAAAUGCGAUCUUGCUAGCACGCAAAAAAGUUGCCAACAGUAGUCUUUUGUCAUUGUAAAUGCCUGUUUAGUUUCCUGGUUUAUGAAACUUUUGUUUAACUUGUAAUACAUUUAGUUGCCUUUAUAUGCAAAUAAAAUUGCAAUAUUUGUACCUGUUGAA